AUGAAAAUAGUUCUGAUAACUCUACUCCUUGGCUUAACAUUUUCUUAAAAUUAGGCAUUAAAUGAAAUUUCAGAGAAUCCCAUUCCUACAUUAGUUUAUGAAACAAAAAACGAAGAAUCCUAAUAAAUUUAAUAACAUCAAUAAUUAUAAGGAUAUAUCGAUAUUGAUGGUCAUUUUGUAUCAAACUAAGCUGAUAAUACUUAAAAUACUAAAUCUGAGCCUGCUGUCUAAACCAAUUAGGAAGAAACUCAAAAUAGCUAAGUGACUAUAAGUGAUGAUUCUAACAAUUUGUAAGCUACUACCUAGGAAGGAGCACAAUAAUUAGUUUCAACCGAUGCAGAAAUUGAUCCAAUGUUCGAUAUGGAGAACUCAAUGCCUUAUGAAUUCCCAGAAGAUACAUAAGUUUAAGAAGAGUCAAAAGAUUAAGACGGUGAUAAUCAUUAUUUGUCAGCCAGUUUAGAAUUACCUAUUCGAAAUGAAAACUAAGUUUAUGAUUCAUUAGGAAAUUAAAUCGAUUCUUACGAUGGAAUGAGAACAUACUUAGCGCUUGAUAUUGCAGAAUAGGAUGACAAUUAAGCCAACAUCAGUGUGUAAGAAAAAUAAGAAGAUUGUAUUGUGAUCUAUUCAAAAUGCGAUUUCUAAGGAGAAAGCUUACCAAUUUGUGAGUCUUUGAAGGAAGUUGAGUAAAAUUAAGCCAAAAUUUUAGGGAUUUCUAAUAUGAUAUCAAGUCCAUCUAUUUACCUGAA